AUGCAGGUCGAGCUCUUGCAGAGGAUGCCAAUGGACAUUCGCCUGGCAGCCAGUGCAGAAGCCAAAACCUUGGCUGGAUUCUAUACGCUUCAGUGGGAUGUGCGGAGCGUUCGCUGUCCAGGCAGCAAGAACAGGACAAGCAGCGCAAAUUGCCCAGAGCAAGGCAUGUCUCGUGGAUCACUUGGCCUUGAACUUGGCUCGGUGGUGCAUCCAAAAGCGUGCAACACAAACAUUGCUGUUGCAUGGUGCUUAGCCAGGCUGUCAGACCUUGACACACGACCUGCGCAGUUCAAGCUGUAA